AUGCCUUUCGGUAUCUCUCCUGCACCUGAAGAGUUCCAAAGGAGGCUUGACAAUGCCUUCCAAGGUYUUGAUGGUGUCAUGCCUAUCUUUGACGACACUCUCGUGUACGGCAAUGGUGACACUGAGAAGGAAGCCMUUGAGGACCACGAUAGAAAGCUCRCAGCUUUACUACAACGAUGCCGAGAAAAGGGAGUGAAGCUCAACAAAGAGAAGCUUAAGCUCCGGCGUAAAGAAGUGGAUUUCAUGGGCCACAUCAUCUCUUCUCAAGGUCUCAAGGUUGAUCCAGCCAAGGUGCAAGGCAUAAACGAAAUACCUUCGCCAACCUGCAAGCAAGACGUCAAAAGACUCAUUGGUAUGCUGAACUAUCUGCAGCGUUUUGCUACUAACCUGUCACAGCUGACAGCUCCUUUGAGAGACCUUCUCAAGGAGCACGUUCACUUCCGAUGGGAUGAAGAGCACGAGAAAUGUCUAACCAAGAUUAACACUUUUCCUACGGCCAUCGUUGAUAAGCUGUCAUCCAAAACUGCCAAGGAAGUUAUAGGCAAAGUCAAAGCUAAUUUCGCUAGACACGGUAUUCCCGACCAAGUGAUCUCAGAUAACGGUCCUCCCUUCAUAUCCGCCGAGUUUCAAGAGUUCGCGCAAGCAUACUCAUUUGAACAUGUGACGAGUUCUCCCACAUACCCACAGUCCAAUGGCAAAGCCGAAAAUGCUGUCUUCCUUACUACCCUUCGCGCUGCCAAAGCGCAAUAA